CGAGAUUUCCAUUGUUUUGAAUAUUUAAUCAAAUAUAUCACCUACAUUUCUAUACCAGCAUAAUUUUAUAUGCAAAGAGUUGAAUACGUCGACCAUUAUAUAGAGAUGAUAAAUACUUAAACAGGAUAAAGCUCUUUCAUUUGUUUUCUUCCAAGUUGAUGUGCUUUCCAAGAAGUGAAAGCCAUGAACGCAGAUCAUUAAGUUGCAGCUCAAAUUCCAAAACCUUGCUAAGAUGGAGUUAUUAGGAUCUAAAACUGUCCAAGAGGUACUCAUCCAAGGGGAACAGGUGCCAGAUAAAUAUAUCCGUAAAGUUGAAGAUGGUGGAGUCCGAGUCCCAGUCCCAGAUGCUUCUGCUGCCCAGUUGAUGGAUGUUCCAGUCAUUGAUCUUGCUCUUCUCGCAGCUUCUUCAAUCACUUCAGAUGAACUUGAGAAAUUCAGAUCAGCUCUUGCCACAUGGGGUUGCUUCCAGGUAAUAAACCACAGUAUGUCGCCGGAAUUCCUAGACGAGGUCCGAGAGAUUACAAAACAGUUUUUUGCACUUCCAGUUGCAGAUAAGAAGAAAUACUUGAGACAAGUCAACGACAUUCAAGGAUAUGGAAACGACAUGGUUUUUUCAGAGCAACAAACACUAGAUUGGUCUGAUAGACUAUACCUUUCUGUGUAUCCACAAGACAACCGUAAGCUCAAAUUUUGGCCCAAAAAUCCGGACUCUUUUAGCCGGACUUUAGACCAAUAUGCCAUGGAGUUACAAGUGGUAACAAAAACUAUCCUCAAGGCCAUGACAAGGUCAUUGGAUUUGGAGGACAAUUGCUUUUCCGACCUAUAUGGUGAACAAGGGAAAAUGGCUAUCAGAUUUAACUUUUAUCCUCCAUGUCCAAGGCCUGAUCUCGUCCUUGGUCUCAAACCACACGCAGACGGAACACUAAUCACCCUUGUCUUGCAAGAUAAGGAAGUUGAAGGUCUUCAAUUUCUUAAAGGCGAUCACUGGUUUCGAGCUCCCAUUGUUCCUGACGCGCUUCUCAUGAAUAUCGGUGAUCAAGUAGAGAUAUUGAGCAAUGGAAUAUUCAAGAGUCCUGUACACAAGGUGGUGACAAAUCCAGACAAGGAGAGGAUAUCUUUGGCGGCCUUCUGCAUGCCAGAGUCGAACAAAGAGAUUGAACCUUUUGAAAGGUUGGUCGAUGAGUCAAGACCAAGAUUGUACAAAAAGGUGACCAAUUAUGAUGGCAUCUAUUUCGAAUACUAUCAGCAAGGGAGGAGACCAAUUGAAGCAGCGAGAUUAUAGCGUGUAACAUUACUCCCUCGAAUAAAACUUAUAGUUGUCGAGAUGUUUCGUCUAGUUUACUAAGAAAACGAAAGUAUGGCUCAAACCCUCUUGAACCAAAAACUCGUACCAUCUUGUAAAUUCGAGUGGUUGAAAGUUGAAGUUGAAGCUUA